AUGAAAGUUUUUAUUUUGAUUGCCUGUUUGGCUGUGGCCGUCUCAGCCAACAAAGCCCUGUGGGAGGAUUUUAAAUCCAACCACAAAAAAUCCUACAAAUCCCUCAUCGAAGAACGUCUUCGUCACCAAAUUUUCCUCAACAACUUGGACCUAAUCGAAAAACACAAUGUCGAAUACGAACAAGGCUUGACUUCUUUCAAAAAGGGAAUCAAUCAGUUCGCUGACUGGACCAGGGAAGAAUUUGGUGCUUUUUUGAAACUCAGUGGUUCCGCUGAAAGGCCAAAAACCACCGAAAAAUUCCAGGCUGUGCAAGCUGCCCCUGAUUCCAUCGAUUGGAGAUCCUCUGGGUCUGUAACUCCCGUUAAGGACCAAGGAAGUUGCGGAUCAUGCUGGGCUUUCAGUACUACUGGCAGUUUGGAAGGACAACUCCAAAUCCAAAAAGGCGAAUUGAUCUCCCUAAGUGAACAAAAUUUGAUCGACUGCUCCGGUUCCUACGGAAACGAAGGUUGCAAUGGUGGUUUGAUGACUGCCGGUUUUGAAUAUAUUCAGGAUUAUGGUAUCAACAGCGAAUAUGACUACCCAUACAAAGAAACAGACAGUCUUUGCCUAUGGAACCCUAAAAGAGUCAUCACUAAAGUAUCUGGAAUUGUAGAAAUCAAAGAAGAUAGCGAAGAAGAUCUUAAGAACGCUGUAGGAACCGUCGGUCCAGUUUCCGUUGCCAUCGAUGCCUCCGAUGAAUUCCAAUUUUACGAAUUUGGAUUGUUCACUGACCGUACAUGUAAUAAAAACUACUUAAACCAUGGUGUUUUGGCUGUCGGUUAUGGAAGCGAAGACGGAAAGGACUUCUGGAUCGUCAAGAACUCUUGGGGACCAUCCUGGGGAGAAAAGGGAUACAUCCGUAUGAACCGUGGAAAGAACAUGUGUGGUGUUGCCUCCAUGGCUUGCUACCCAAAAUUAAUUAUGAAAGUUUUUAUUUUGAUUGCCUGUUUGGCUGUGGCCGUCUCAGCCAACAAAGCCCUGUGGGAGGAUUUUAAAUCCAACCACAAAAAAUCCUACAAAUCCCUCAUCGAAGAACGUCUUCGUCACCAAAUUUUCCUCAACAACUUGGACCUAAUCGAAAAACACAAUGUGGAAUACGAACAAGGCUUGACUUCUUUCAAAAAGGGAAUCAAUCAAUUCGCUGACUGGACCAGGGAAGAAUUUGGUGCUUUUUUGAAACUCAGUGGUUCCGCUGAAAGGCCAAAAACCACCGAAAAAUUCCAGGCUGUGCAAGCUGCCCCUGAUUCCAUCGAUUGGAGAUCCACUGGGUCCGUAACUCCCGUUAAGGACCAAGGAAGUUGCGGAUCAUGCUGGGCUUUCAGUACUACUGGCAGUUUGGAAGGGCAACUCAAAAUCCAACAAGGAAAAUUGAUCUCCCUAAGUGAACAAAACUUGGUGGACUGCGCCACUCGUACCUACGGAAACGAAGGUUGCAAUGGAGGUUUGAUGACUGCCGGUUUUGAUUAUAUUAAGGACUAUGGUAUCAACAGCGAAGCUGCCUACCCAUACGAAGAAGCAGACAGGCGUUGCAGAUUCAAGCAAAGUGAAGUCAUCACCAAAGUAUCUGGAUAUGUAGAAAUUAAAGAAGAUAGCGAAGAAGAUCUUAAGAACGCUGUAGGAACCGUCGGUCCAGUUUCCGUUGCUAUCGAUGCCUCCGAUGAAUUCCAAUUUUACGAAUCUGGAUUGUUCACUGACCGUACCUGUGACAAAGCCUACUUAAACCAUGGUGUUUUGGCUGUCGGUUAUGGAAGCGAAAACGGAAAGGACUUCUGGAUCGUCAAGAACUCUUGGGGACCAUCCUGGGGAGAAAGGGGAUACAUUCGUAUGAACCGUGGAAAGAACAUGUGUGGUAUUGCCUCCAUGGCUUGCUACCCAAAAUUGUAA